AUGGACGACGAGACUAGAUCUCGGUACGAAAGCAAAGCAAAGGAUCUGAGAACGGAGCUGAAAGCUUGGGAGAGCGAGUGGGCACAAGCACACGGCGGGAGCAAGCCUGGGCGACAAGACAUCAAGGACAAUCCCGAUAUUGCACAGAAAUACAAAGACUACAACAAAGCCCGCGACAUUCUCUCCGGAAAGCAGCCACCACCGGCAAAAUCAGAACCGAAACCCAAGAAGCGGCAACCAGAUCCAAUUCUUACAGAGACGCCACUUAAACGAACCAAGUAUGCUCAAACACCAUCCAAGCAACGAACUCACGAUGAAGACUUGAUGAAUACACCCGCUAUAUCAAGAAAGCUAUUCAGCCCUGCACCAGUAACAUCCCUCGGUCCCACCCCUCAGCGUGACGGCCGCGUCCUAGGUCUGUUUGAUCUUUUAGUUGAGAAAGAGCUUGGCACACCAUCAAAGAAGGACACAUCCAAACCAUCCGGUACACCAGGUCGAUCUCGUGGUAAUGUUCAGUCUACGCCUAGCAAGCGGACUGGCUCCUACGACCACGAAAGUAGCACCAGGCUCGGCAGAACGCCCAUGUCCUCGAGUAAGAGAAACGUGUUGAAUACGUUUGCGACGCCAAUGAAGAACCGACGGGGCAGUCUAGAUGCCAAGACACCAUCAUCCGUAUCCAAGCUGCAAUUCGAUACACCUGCUUUCUUGAAGAGACACUCCCUGCCCGCAGUCGACGAGAAUGCCAUGUUUGCCGACCCAUCGCCACUCCGACUACCGAGAAAGCCGCUUGUUCGGGGAUUGAGUGAAAUUGUAGCUAGCCUAAGGAAAGUAGAGGAUGAUGUGCUCGACGACGACGACGAUCUGGAUGCUCUUCGGGCAGCGGAGAAUGACGAUACGGAUAUCCGUCGGCCAACGUCUCCAUCGCUGGGCACGCGACAAGCAUCGGAUCCCGCGGCAGUAUCCACCCCAGCAAUUAUGGAAGAUAGCCAACGACCAGCAUUGUUAGGAGGAUUUGACGACGAAAACAUGUACGACAGUCCGGUUGAAGACGCCGUCGACCACAAUGGCAACCCUUUGCCGGUAUACAAGAAGAAAGGACAAAAGAGAACAACGCGCAAGGUCAAUAUUAAGCCAACACGGAUCAAAAGGCCAGAGAACACUCCCAAGGAUGGAAAUGGCGAUGAAGAUGGAGAGGACGUGAUCCCAGAAACGCAACUCAUCAAUGGUCCCGACGCAGAUUUCGCGGACGUCGCAUCAGGUAGUGAUUUUGAAAACGAAGAGCCGGCCAAAUCGACAGAUAAGCCAGCAAAGGCGACUAAGAAAGAAGGGGCCGUGAAAAAGGUAGCAAGGAAGGUGAAUGAGCUUGCUCACGCCAAUUUCCACCGGCUGAAAUUGAGGAAUAACGGGGCCAAGGGAGGGCCAGGUUAUAAUAGCAGGUUUCGGCGUCGACGAUAG